AUGCCCCUGACCACCUCAGAAUCACCUGACCAUUCAUCCAAAAACAGCUCCCAAAUUUCAGUAAUCUCAGAGCAAGAAUUUUCAUCAGUCACUUCUGUUACAAAUGGCUCACAGGACGAGACAAGCGAAAUGAGACCAACAAGGCUAAACCUAAACCUCGCACCGACCAAGACGAGGUCCCAUUCCUCGUCGCCGCUAUCCCACGAAAAAUCAAGAAAAUCGAAACACAGACACUAUCCGGCGAGCGGGCUACAGAAAACGACGAGCCUGAAGAGCUUGGAGGAGCUCGAGCUGGAGGAGGUAAAGGGGUUUAAGGACUUAGGGUUCAAUUUCGAAGGGGAGAGAUUGAGCAAGCGCCUGGUGAGGCUGAUCCCGGGGUUGCAGAGGAUCGACGGCGGCGGAGGCGCCGCCGCCGUAGACGAGGAGGACAGUGACGACGACGAGAUCGAGGAGGAGAGUAGUGGGGUUGUGAUGAGGCCGUAUUUAUCGGAGGCAUGGCUCUUGAAAAGUAGCGGCGGCUACGAUUGUGCGCCGCCGCUGGCGAGCAGGGUUUGCACGGCGGUGGAUAUGAAGAGGCGGUUGAGUACCCAUGGCCAGAGGUCAUGGGUUCAAGCCCCUCGGAGCGCAGAUAGUGGAACAAUUAAUACUGAGGGCUACAAGCGGCAGUGUGGGAGGCUGAAACUCGGUGGGAACCUGCGGCUGGAUAGGUGGGGCCAACAUGAAGUUGGGGGGACCAACAUGAAGCAACCACUUCGGUGGGACCCUGCGGCUGGAUAUGUGGGGCCAACUUGGAGCUGGGAGGCUAGCCAACCGAAGCCAAGAGAGCUGACAACUGCAGUCCGCUCCACUUCCCUCACUGGCCGCCCACAACACCAACACACAGAGGAAGAGUCGCAGCCCCGCCAAAAUACCACCUCUCGUCAUGGUGCUGACCGAAAUCGAUCGAGUGCGUCGCACCCGCCAGUGAGAAGGCUUUUUAAUCUACCGAGAGAAGAGGCGAGGUUUGCCGAAGUGGAGGCUAGGUUUGGAGAAAAUGUAAGAUAA